UUCACAUUACCCCUGAUGUCAGUAAUCUAGACGUGGACUGGGCCGGCCUUAAGAGAGGCCUCUCUAAAUCACAUGGUUGCAACAUUUACUCACUCAUGCACUUAGCCGGGGCAGGGUUGAGGUGUGUGUGUGUUUGAGGAGGGUGUGUGCAGGAGUGGAGAGAACAGAGGGACAAAGUGACAGAGAGGGAGAGGCAGAGGGACAGAGAUGCUGCACCUGUGCAUGAUCACCUGAGAAGAAGACGAAGAAGAAUUAAAAACAGAGAGGAGGUAAAGAAUUUGUGAGCAUGACGGAGGGAAAGUUUCACAUCUGAGAGAAUCUCCUUCAGCCAGCUCGUCAUCAACAAGCUCAGUCCUCCAGUCUGUGUUGGUGCCAUGGCUGAACCAAGCUGGUGGAAGCUGACCUUCUCACGCAAGAAGAAAUCUGAAUCCAAGGUCCUGUACGAGAUCCCGGCUGAGUAUGGCAGCAACACCGGAAACAAAGAGCACUCGAGCAACAACCCCCCUGCAGACCACAUGGACAGCCACUUCAGCGCCAGGCUGGAGAAGAUUGUUGAUAAAUCUGCCACCAAGGGCCGCCACGUCAAGGUGUCCCACUCCGGACGCUUCAAGGAAAAGAAGAAGGUCCGCGCCACGCUGGCCGAGAACCCAGAUCUGUUCGCAGAGAACAACCUCGGUGACGAGAACCAUAAAAAGAAACCUGAGAAAUAGCACGAAAACAUACUUGAUCACACGUGUCAUAUAUCACCUGUAAAAGCUUAGAUGAUAAACAUACACAAACACAACCCUGUGGCUGUACACGUGCAGCGUGCAGCAGACACCACACCCAGGUUGAUACUGGAAUCAAUGGACUCACACCUAAACAAACAACUGGUAUCAGCACAACAAAGUAAACAAAGUACUGGAGACAUUUUUAUUACGUCUCAUUUUCUUGUUAUUUAUCUCAAUCUGCCUAACCUCGUGCAAACAUCCUUACGAAUGAACAGUAACGUUAUUGUAAAUUAACUUUUUAUUUUUAUUAUCAUGGAUGUAGAUUUUUGGGGGAAUUAAACCUCCUUUUUUAUGUCUUACAUAAUCAAUACACAGAGAGAAAUAUGUGUGUGUGCAGUGCGACCAAAGCACAGUCAAUUUUUAUUACAUUUUUAUGACCAAAGCAAAUAAAGACUUGAUUUUGAUGUUUUGUGGAUACUAAAAAUGUUUUCUUUAUAAUAAAUGUACCAAGAUGAGUUAAUAUAAAAA